AACAUGAUGAAUUUAGAAAUAAUUCUUAUUUUGGUACUUGUGUGUUUAAAUUGCCAUGAGUCCAAGAGUAUAAGAUCUUCUUCAAAAGCGGUGGGAGUUAACCAAAAAACAAGUCUCUAUCCUAGACGGUGCUCAGGAAGGAAAAACAUCCAUCGGCACGAUGAAAAUACAAUUAAAAACCAACAGUCCGGUUCAAGCGAAUCCAAAGAAAAUGAAGAAAUAGAUGAGAAUAAUAAAGCGGUCCAAGCAAUAGCCGUCAGUACUAAUGAAAAGAGGGUAAAUGUUAUAGAUACAGUGUCAAUGGUUAAACCGAAUGAAGAAAAUUUGCCAAUGACAACUGACAACACAGAUAGGACGUCGCCAGUUCCUGAGGAAAUAGGAUUUACGCAUUCUGGGGCUGAUGAAAUAUGCUGGGAUUUUGAAGGAGACCGCUGCUAUGACCUGAUGUAUUCACUUGUGCUUGACAAAGGAACCAAAUGUAAAAGUGAUGAGGAUUGUGAGGAGUCUAUUCCAGGCCAAAGUGGAAAAUGCUGUGACCUUCCUUGUGAUCAUUUGACUGAUUAUUAUACGAUUCCUGAGAAGUUGUGCCGGUACCCUGUAGAUAAUCAGGAUCUCAAGGACUCUUUCUCUCCUGCUUGGACUCGGGACUUUUGAACAAAUAUCCCCAGGGCAAAAGAAAACCAAAAAAAAAAAGAAGAAAUGUAAUAGGUCAUGUUUUGAGAUAAUAUAAAAACAAU